GCAGAUUCGCAAACCACGGACGCAUCUCUCAUCUCAUCGUCUUCUCAGUUUUGACCACGCCUUUUACUUACAUCUGAUGCCGCUGUAUGAAUGACCACUAUGGAGGGAGAAUAUGAGGAUCAGAUGCUCUUCUGCCAGUAGGAAGAGUGACAACGCCAACAAUAAAUAAAUGAUCCAGUUAAUUCAGUUAGUAGUAUUUAUAUGAGGCGGUAUUAAUAUAUAGCCUAUGUCACUUGUGGGAUAAUGGCAGCUGUAAGUCUUACGGAUCCGCUUUGCAAACCUUGUUCAUACAAUUCAUAUUUUAAAGUUGAGGUGUAUGUGAGGAAGCCAUUGAUGCCCAUCCACCUGAGCAGUGAUCAGGUGGCGCUGGAGAUGCUGUGUCUCUGCAGCCAACUGGACCUUUUGAUUAGAGCUCAGGUCCAUCAGUUUCAGGAGCAGCUCAAACAGGACACAAGCCCAGAUGACUUACCUUGUUUUCAAAAACAAGGGGCUGAAUUAAUAUAUCAGAUGAAUCAGUGUCUUGAGCAUCUUUCUGAACCUGUUCUUCUUGAGGAUUAUCUGGAUGCUGUAGGAUUAUCCACCCUGUUUCCUCGAGUGGAAGUUUAUGUCAUACAUGGCAGCCCUGUUGACAUGUUGGAAAGACCACCAUCAGAUGAAUAUUUUCCUCACAUUGGGAAAUUGAACCAGCUCUUGGUACUCAGUCAGCAGUUAGAUGAAGAUAUCAAGCAUCUGGGCAGUCAUAAAUAUGUAGCACAUCAGCUGUCAGCAAUUUAUCAAGUGCUCAACACUAUCAAAAACAUUUUACCAUUAUGCACCAUAAGAAAGGAUAUUGAGGCAAACUUCAAACAAUUGAAGAUGGCUCUUUUUACAGAAGAGGGGUCUAAGCUGGAGCCUCAGUUGCCAGCACAGUAUGCAAGCUGGGUGUCCGAUUUAACACGAAACUUAAUAUCAACAGUGUUAUCACUCUCAGAAGAACUCACAGGAGACCUCAGUCCUGUCAUGGAAUUCAUCUCUAACAUUUCAUCAUAACAGAAUCCAUAGUGGCUGAAGUAAAUCACAGAAUUAAUAAUUUUCUUUAAAAAUGUUUUAGAGAUGCAUUUUAAUGUAAUUAUUUAUUCAGUUGCAUAAAACAGAAAUGAAACUGUGAUACAUUGAUGCAAAUGUCUAAAAGAUCUUGUUUACUACAAUGCUGUACAUAAAUAAAUGUUUACAUACAUUUUUGAGUAGUAGCACUCAAUCAUCACUUACUGUAAUUCAAGACAUCUAGAGAAUUCAUUCCUAAAAACUGCAAUGAUGUUUUUCGUUAAUGCAUUAGUAAAACUGAAGUGACUGUUACACGUUCUUCCCAUUCUAUACAUGAUGGUGCUAGCAUUGGUCAUCAGCAUUUCACAUGUUGAUCACAAUUAGAAUGAUUAAUUUUUAUAGAUCCAUCCCUUCCUGAGCCAGAUGUUAUUUAUUAUGUUCUGUAUUCUGAAAUAAAAUGGUUUUGAU